CUCGCCCGUGCCAGGGAGUCGCGACUUGUCGUGACCCGCGACACUCCGCAAACGACGGCGACUUCCUUUGCGCCGACUGCCUGUUCCUCGCGUCGGGCUCGUUACAAGUGUUCGCGCGACAGGCGUACCUCCCGCGCCGCUCGACGAGUUGGCCUCAAGGACGAGAGUGGGGUGGCUGUCGUCCGUCCGGCACCUCCGGGUCGGCGGCGCGCCCCUUCCCCCGCGACCCGCGACGGGGUCGGACCAGCACAGCCCGCGCUGCUCGCCGCAGUGGCCGGCGAGCGACCAGAGAGGCUGGAGCGACACCCUAGUCCGCUCCCCCGUGCACAAGAUGCGAGAGGGUGUUCAUGUCCUCGCCCACGCACUGCUGCUCCUGGGCACGCUCGUGGCGAGCGCCAGUGGGUACCGGAUUCUCGGGGUGUUCCCUCACGUCGGCAGGAGCCACUUCUCCAUGACGGGAGCGCUCAUGAAAGGCCUCGCCGCGAGGGGUCACGACGUCGUGGUCAUCAGCCCCUUCCCCCAGAGUCGCGCGGUGGCCAACUACACGGACAUCAGCCUCCGGGAGGUGCUGGGGAACUUCGUGAGCGAGGUCCCGCUCAGCAGAGCCGCGGACUUCGGUGGGGUUCUCCUCGUGCGCCAGGUAUUCCUGGAGAUGAGCGUGGAGAUCUGCGACAAGACCUUCUCCAACCGGCAGGUGCAGGAGCUCCUCGAGUCUGACCAGGGCUUCGACCUCGUGGUGCUGGAGGCGUUCGCCCUCGACUGCUUCCUGGUCUUCCCGCACCUUCUUCGCAGCCCGUUCGCGCUGGUCAGCACCUCGGCGGCGAUGCCGUGGACCGACGGCUGGUUCGGCAACCCGGGGAACCCUUCCCACGUGCCCGUCAACCUGCUGGGCCACGCCGACCGCAUGACCUUCUGGGAGAGGCUCGUCAACACGGUGUUCCUCCUCGGAGCCAAGCUCGUCCACCGGCUCGUGCUGGAGCCUCGGAUGGCGGCCGUCGUCGAGCGGCACUUCGGCGCCUCCGUGCCGCCGCUGGGCGACAUCGCGCGCAACGCGAGCGUGUGUCUGCUGAACACGCACUUCUCCUUGAACCAGCCACGGCCCCUGCUGCCCUCCAUCGUCGAGGUUGGCGGCCUGCAUAUGCAAGAGCCUGGAGUGCUGCCAAUGGACCUGCAGAGGUUCCUGGACGGUGCAGUGGAAGGCGCCGUGUACUUCAGCCUGGGCUCCACGCUGCGCAUGGACUCGAUGCCCGAGAGGCAGCUGGGCGUCUUCACCCAGGCCUUCUCGGAGCUGCCUCAGCGCGUGCUGUGCAAGUGGGAGUCGGGCGCGCUGCCCAACAGCUCGCGCAACGUGCGCUCCGCCCAGUGGCUGCCGCAGAUCGAGAUACUCAGUCACCGAAAUGUCAAAGCCUUCAUCACUCACGGCGGACUCAUGGGGAGCAUGGAGGCGGCAUACUUCGGUGUUCCGAUGGUGGCCAUGCCGCUGUUCGGAGACCAGCACCUUAACGUAAGGUCCUUCGUCGAGGAGGGCAUCGCUGUGAAGUUGGACUACUCGACCAUCAGCAAGGACUCUCUUCUGGCGGCCCUCAGGACAGUGCUAGAUGAUCCCAGCUACGCGGAGAACGCCAGGCGGUUGUCGACGGCGCUGCGCGACCGGCCCUCGCCGCCGCUGGACACUGCCGCCUACUGGCUGGAGUACGCGGCCAGGCACCGGGGGGCGCCGCAGCUGCGGUCCGCGGCGCGGGAGCUCGCCUGGCACCAGUACCUGCUGCUCGACGUCUCUGCAUUCCUGCUCCUAGGCGCGCUCCUCGCGGUCGCCGCGACCGCCCGGCUCUUCCGCGCCGCCUGUCGCCGCGACAAGCGCAGGAACAGCGCCGACAAGAAACUGCAAUAGACUUGUUCAAACGAAGUCAUCGCUGAGUUAUAAAUUUAGCCAGGAGACGGCGUGCUGUGACGUAGUUUGAGUCACUUUUCAACUCGCCAUCGCCGCAUUGAGACACCCAUGAAAUUGCGGAAAUGGUGCUCGACCACGCCCGAUAAUGGCUAAUAAGUACGUUUUAUAAUGUCCGUCGUUUAACACAGUUACGUCUAUAAAAUACGGACCUUCAAAACUGUGCAAACAGUUAAAUGCUAGACAUAACAGUCCUUGUAAAUUUUAACUGCAUUUUGUCUGUUUUGUAGACCUACCUAAUAAACAAACACAAAUCACACACACACUA